AUGGCAGAUGAACCUAUUUGUAUAAUAAAAGUGAAAUUUGGAAAAACAUUACAUGAAUUGAGUGGUUUCACAAAGUCUUCAUUAUUAAAAGAUGUAAAGGAGAAAUUGUACGAACUAACUAAUGUUCCGCCUAAAAACCAGAGGCUGCUUGGAGUAGUUGUUGAUAAAGGGCAAACACUUUCCGAUGAACUACCUUUGGGAUGCAUUAUUUUUAAACCGUCGACAAAAUGGAUGCUGAUGGGAAGUACUGACGAAGAGAGACAAAAAGUCAUUGAAAUCACCGCGGUUGAUCCUCCUGACAUACUUGAUGAUUAUGAUCUCACGGAAGAAGAUUUGGAAGUGUUCAACCGCCCUGAAAAUUUAGAUAAACUAGAGAAACGUUGUAAAACAUACAAGUUUGUAAAAAUAGCCGAUUUCAGACCUGGAAAGCGGCUACUCGUUCUUGAUAUUGAUUAUACCAUUUUCGAUCAUUUGACUCCUGCUGAAUCUGUGCAGCAUUUGAUGCGACCCUACCUCAUCCCGUUUCUGACUAGAGCUUAUGAGUAUUAUGACAUUGCAAUUUGGUCGGCUACUAGUAUGACCUGGAUUUUAGCAAAAAUUAGUCAAAUGAACUUGAUCUCUCAGACGAUUUUCAAUCGAGUUCGGCAGCGGCAUUUGAUUAAUAAUGAUGAAGAUGAAGAUGGUGAAAAUUCAGGUGAAGUGCGCAAUCUCGGAGCCGAUCUUGAUGAUUCCGAGCGACCUUUUAAAAUCUGUCUUCUUGUUGACUCUGGUGCAAUGAUCAGUGUCAAUCUUCCUGAACACGGCGUUAAGAGUGUUAAACCGUUAGCUGUAAUCUGGCGAAAAUUUCCUCAAUUUGGACCACAAAAUACCAUUAUGUUUGACGAUGUUCGUCGUAACUUCGCCAUGAAUCCCGGUUCUGGACUUCGAAUUCACUCCUAUCGCGAUGCGAAUGUGAACUUUGCAGAGGACCAAGAGUUGAAGCAUUUGGCGGAGUAUCUGGAAUUGAUCGCUAAGCGAGAACCUGAUUUCCAGCGACUGAAUCACGACAAAUGGAGUCACUACGUGGAGAAGCACCGACGCCAAGUUUCUUCCUCUCAGAAGCGCACAUCUUCUAAUGAAGCAGCCGAAAAUAAUUAA